AUGCCGGAUCAAGCGAACGCCAAAAAGGCUUUAAAGAGCAAUAGCUCUGGGACAGCGAAUUUUGACGAGACCUCCUUUUCUGAGCAGUCCAGACGCGACCUUCGAGAGUUGUUCACCAUGAUCGCACGUCUACAGGCAGAAAACACUGCUCUCCGCGCCACAGCUCAUCUCGAAUCUAUCGCUGAUAGACUCAAAGAACAAGUCGAAAAGUUGGAGCCUCCCCAGCCCGAAGAAGGACGAGGCAACCCAUUUUCUCGCCGACUUCAGCGCCUCGCCUUGGCCGCCAUCGACUUGCCGCUCGAUAUCAAAGACGACGACCUUAGCACAGACGACCUGGCACUCCUAUGCACGGUUCUAGAGGAUGAAAAGCGACGAGCUGCACUGCUAAGUUUUGCUGGAGACUCACUCACCUUUCCCGACCGGUCAUUUUGUCUUCGGUCACUGGGCGAAGGAACACUGGUUGGCUUUCUUGUGGACGAAAGGGGCCGAAGACCUCGUUGUUCUAUCCAUGGGGAUGUAAAAUGUACCUGGUUGACAAGGAAAGAUGGGCUGAUCAAAAUGCGACGUGAGCCAUGA